GUGUGUCUCUAUAUUAGUGAGUCUGGGCAAUAAACAGUUUUAUUAUUUUUCUUUUUCACUUUUUGGGAAGUAGAAAUUGCAAAUACUACUUUUAUAUAUCUAACAUUUAGCACUUGGAAGAAUUGGUACUGCAUGGUGCAAGUUAGUGUGGAAUCUAACACCACAAGAGACGACAAACUUAUAAUUUGCAUAAGUUCCUGUUCACAUAUGCAAACUUCAUAAGAACUUUGAAAAUGUUAGCGUUGGUAUUAGGUUCAGAAAUAGGCGUUUGGAUCAUUCCUUUGUCCUCUCUCUUUUCAUUGGUUCAUUAUCCCUAGAAUUCUUUCUUGAGUGAUGUAGGAUAUUUUUCAUACUUCUAUGUCUGCUACAAAAUGAAUUCCACCUUGUAAUGACCUAUGUUUGACCCGUAGUUAAGGUUCAAAAUCUUUUUCAUAAGUGUCAUGUGCUGGUGUUAAAAUUGUGUAUUCCUUAAAAAUUUCAUAUGUUAUGGCUCAAUGGCAUUUCAUGCCACAGGUUCUUUGAUAAAUGCUUUGUGGAUUUUGGAAUAUGUCCAACUUGUGUUCUUGGUGGCUCCUUUUUCUUUUCUUGUUCAUAAUUACUUUUUUGAAAGGACUGCAGGUCAACAUCAGAAGCGUUGAUGAGGCUAUAGUAAUUGGUGCUGCUCUCUCGUUGUCUUCUUCAGCUUUUGUUCUGCAGUACUGGAUUUUCUUUUAUUAUCUUUGGGUGCCCCUUUUGCAUAAGAACUCCACCGGUGGCAUAGUCCGAAGCAUCGGGGCAAAGUGUUUUUACUCAUAUCCUGGAACUCAGAAGUAUUUCUUCUUCUGGAUAAGGUUCCUGUUAAGAAGGGAAGAGCUUCUUGCAGAGAAGGGUGAGCUUCCAACUAGAUUUGGCUCGGCGACUUUAGGAGUACUUCUAUUACAGGACAUAGCAGUUGUCCCCCUCUUAGUCAUACUUCCGGUGCUGGAGAGUCAGAAUCUGGUGGAGGAAAGUAUUUGGCCAAUGCUUGCUAAAGAAAGCUUGAAGGCUUUGGGUGGACUGGGUUUACUUUCUCUUGGAGGAAAAUACCUUCUUAGGCAAGUGUUUGAGGUUGUUGCAGAAACGAGAAGCUCAGAAGCUUUUGUUGCUCUUUGCCUACUGACAGUUGCCGGGACAUCACUUCUGACUCAGAAGUUGGGCUUCAGUGACACGCUGGGAGCCUUUUUAGCAGGGGCUCUGUUAGCAGAAACCAAUUUCCGAACACAGAUUGAAGCUGAUAUAAGGCCUUUUAGAGGCUUGCUUCUUGGUUUGUUUUUUGUAACUACUGGGACAUCUAUCGACAUGCAGCUUCUUUUGCGAGAGUGGCCAAAUGUACUUUCACUCUUGACAGGUCUAAUUGUGAUCAAGACUCUGAUUAUAACAGCAAUUGGUCCCCGUGUUGGACUAAGUCUACAAGAAAGUGUAAGAAUAGGGUUUCUUCUUUCCCAGGGAGGUGAAUUUGGAUUUGUAGUUUUUUCUCUGGCAAACAGGCUUGGAGUGCUACCACUUGAGCUAAACAAGCUUCUCAUAAUUGUUGUGGUGUUAUCAAUGGCAUUAACGCCCCUACUUAAUGAUGUUGGAAGAAAGGCUGCUGAUUUUAUUAGUGAGAAGUUUGAUGAGGAGGAUAAAACUGAUGGCUCGGUGAACUUCGAUGCUAGUGAACCAGUAGUUAUCCUUGGAUUUGGGCAAAUGAGUCAGGUCCUUGCCAAUUUCUUGUCUACUCCACUAGCCUCUGGAAUAGACGGCGAUGCUGGAUGGCCUUAUGUGGCUUUUGAUCUUGAUCUUUCUAUUGUGAAGGUCUGUGGUAUUGAUGUCCUUCAGAAUUUUGAAAGUACAAAUUUUUGUUUUCUUAAAACUUUUUUCAGGCCAUAAUCAUAAAAUAUACACACCGGGAGUUUGUAGUAGAUGUCUUCCUCUCUGUGGAAGGCAUGGUAAACUUGUUCACUGUUUGGAUUCUCAUGGAUAGGAAAUUUAUGUAGAGUCACAUACACAUGUCCCAACUGCAUUAUCAUAGUUUGCAAUUUAUCUUAUUUUCUUAGGAUGGCUAAUGAAAUAAUCUGUGGAGAUGUUCUUCUCGUAGAAUGAUUUGAUCCUUGGGAUGUGAGCCUUGAAAAUUUUGUAUGCGAGACGGUGGACAUGAUUAAUAGAUCUUCUGAUUAAUUUAAUAUUUGAAGCUGUUAUUUUUAUACAUGCAUAUGCAUACUUAUGAAUUUUUAUGUAUGGUGUUUAAGUUAGCAUUUUGAUUUUCUUUUUGCAGACUUAUAUGGCUGUUUAGUAAUAAACGUUGACUGCUUGAUUGGCAUAGAGUUUGAGGACUGCAUUCAGAGACCCUCAAAUAAUUGCAUUUUAGUGUAAUGAGGUUUAACCAUGCAUGAGGUGUUCCUUUGACAUUUGGUGGCUUGUGUCAAAAAAAAAAUCCAUGGGUAUAAAAUUAAUUACGUGCCUAGAGGCAUCCUAUAUUUUUUACCCUCACGUAAUCUUAUAUCCCAUUGCAUCAUCUCAUAGGCUUUGUGCUUAGCAUGAGUAGGUAGUACAGUUCUUGCCAUUUUUUAUCUUGCACCUCUGUGAUUUCUGAACAGUGCUUUCAUAGACUACAAACAAUAUUUAGCUGUUUUAUAUGUUUGGAACGAAAAAAUGCCCAAGUGACUCUAAUGUUUUUCA